AACCGUUUAUAUUGUGUCGAGAGUGAAGAGAAUGUAUAAGUAACAUUAUUUGCACAUCAACAACAUAUAAAUCAAUAUCAACAACAAGAAUGAGUCCAAACGCCACAGACUCGAGUACCAUCCUCAGGGAGGAGAGAAAAAUGCCMAACGGUUGUGCAAACGGAUGGUCGAGCAUGUCGGAUUCGAACGAGAAGCAGUGUUGGAAAGGUCAAGCGUUUCUCAAAAUCAACGAAAUCGUCGGCCUAGUCAAAUAUUACGGUUUGCGGGCAUACAUAAUAUUUUGGCACGAGUUGUCGAUGAACCCUAGGGUGAGGAGCAGUCCGUUUAGCCCGCCGCCCGCCGACGAACUGAUUUUGUCGGCUGACGAUGUAUUCUCUACGAGACGCCGACGUUUAUUUUUCACAAGCAUCCACUUGCUGGCUCUGGCCGGUCUCUACUUCUGCGUCACCGGUCAGGUGAAGCUGUACACCGUACUGUUCGCGCUCGCGGUCGGCACCAUGUCGUCGAUCGGCGUGACGGCCGGCUCGCACAGGCUGUGGUCACACCACGCGUACAAGGCCAAGCUGCCGCUGCGCAUCAUACUGGCCCUGUUCCAGACGGUGGGCGUCCAGUACAGCGUGUACAACUGGGUGCGCGACCACCGGCUGCACCACAAGUACACGGACACGGACGCGGACCCGCACAACUCGAACCGCGGGUUCUUCUACUCGCACGUCGGCUGGGCGCUCAUCAUGCCGCACCCGGCGUUCGAGUCCAAGGUGUCGUCGGUGGACAUGUCCGACAUGGAGUCCGACUGGGUGGUCAUGUGGCAGUACAGGCUGUACGCGCCGCUGGCCGCCAUCCUGUCGUACGCGCUGCCCACAUUCGUGCCGUGGUGGCUGUGGGGCGAGGACCUGCUGGUCGCGCACCUGGUGGCCGCCCAGCUCCGGCAAGUGCUCACGUUGCACUCCACGUUCCUCAUCAACAGCGCUGCGCACAUGUGGGGACUCAAGCCGUACGACAAGAACAUCAAUCCCACCGAGAACAUGUUCGUGUCGGUGGCCACGUGCGGCGACGGCUGGCACAACUACCACCACACGUUUCCCUGGGACUACAAGAACGCCGAGCUGCUCGACUACAAGCUGAACCUGUCCACGCUGUUCAUCGACGCGUUCUCGCUGAUCGGUUGGGCGUACGACCUGAAGACCGUGCCCGCCGAACUGGUGAACAAGCGGGCCCUGCGCACCGGCGACGGUACGCGCAAGCUGCCGGCCACCGAUACGGCGACGGGCAACAGUGACGGCUCACCGACGGCGCACGAGAUGUGUACGAACGUGUACGGCUGGUCCGACACAGACAUGCCCGACGAGGACCGCCGUAUGGCUCAAAUAUACAAGAAAAGUGAUUAGUCCGGUUUGGGUCGUCCUCGUCGUCCUGCGGGAGGGCAGGGGGUCGGAGUUUUACCAGUAAUUUCUUUUUCUCAAGUUUUGUUUUUAUUUUCCGUCUGUCGUCGUAUCGACUUCUAUUAUCGGGGCGGGGGACGGGCGUUUUUUUCUCUUUUUCUUUUAACCAUUUCUCUCUAGAAGUAAAUUCGACUAGGUAUAUUAUAACGUCGACUGUACAAUAUUUACGACGGUAAUAAGCGCGUCCACGAGAGUCCCGGGAACACUUUGAAACGAACGUGUGCAACCAUCGCGAAUGAUGUUCAUCAUUGUCGUCUUGUUUUURUAUCACAUUAUAAUAUUUUAUCAAUAUUUAUGUCAGACUGGCGGAGCUGUUUGGCACAAUGACGUGUCACGUGCGCUUUGGUAUCGAAAAGACUGGUCUUAUAGGAAAAUUCGAGUGAUCAAUAAACGUUUGAUAAUAAUAGUAAUAAUAAUAAUAUAUAAUAUCAUAUUAUUWUAUUAUAAUGUGUAUUAUAUUUUUAUGGUGA